CCAGAAAACGCUGUCUGAAAACCACCCGACGGCGAUGCCUCAGGCCUGGAAAAUGGCCGUGAGCUUCGAGACCCCCUACCAACCUGAUGAGGGAGACGAAGAUGAGAAGAAGCAUGAUGAAUCUGGCGCUCGGUCUAGCGGGGACGAAAAUCAUGGUACGCACGGAUCGGGUACGCAGGAAGGAUUGUAUUGCGUCCUCAUGGUGCCCUCCUUGGUCCACAUGGACCAAGGAGCCCGUCCCCGGGGCCGUUUUAUUAUCGUUAUUAACGCGUAGUACAGAAGAGCCACAGCAGGAGCCACGACAGGAUAAGAACAAGCGCAAGAAAAAGCAGAAGACAAGGGUGCCAGAGCGCGCCGCCCCGGACUCCGAUCACCUACCCUUCUACAAGUUACUCGAAGUGCUACCGACGGCUAGCUUUGCUGAUAUCGCCAAAGCAUACAAGAGACUCUCAUUGAUCUGCCACCCGGACAAGCCCAUCGGGUCCACUAAGGCCUUUCAGCAAUUGGGGCAAGCUUAUAGCGUUCUGAUUGAUAAUGACCUACGGGCUCUGUAUAACAUGGUGUCACCUAAGAUUUGAGCCACAUCCGAGCCUGAGCCACAUCCAAGCCAUAACCAAGUUAAACCUUAAAAGGCCCUCUAUGACGCUCACUUCCUAGCAUCACGAGAUUUCCUUUGUUUAUUUUUUGAGUAUAAACAGGGGCUUUCUUUUCUUGUAUCUCGAGACCUUUUUUAGACAGACAAUUCAAGACCCUUCAACCCCCUGUCAAAUU